CCUUCAACAGACCCUUCCCCAGGGCUCUCCUCCCUGUGGCCCGGCAGCCUGACGCCUCAUCUCCGCCACGCUUGCUUAUGAAUAAAGAACUCUAGAGCCGUGUGUGCGCACACACCCAGACCCACGCACACACACACGCACACGCUUUUUUCUGUUUCCCUCCUUUGCUUUCUAAAGCCUGGGGGAAGUUGGUGACAGAGGUGUUUCAGUUUUCAUUGUUGUGUGGGUUUUUCCAGUUUGUUUUGUUUUUUGUGUUUUUGCUUUUUUUUUCAAACACGCAAAAGCAAUUAAUGAUCAGAUCUAGGAAAACAAAACCAAACAAAACCCUGAAUAGAAACAAAACUUUUCAAUACUGGAUUCCAAAAAAAAAAAAAAAGUUAUCUGGACAGCUUCUUUGAGACUAUUUAAAAAACUGGUUCAACAGGUCUCUACAACGUCAAGAUGUAACUAAGCUUUAAAAGGUCAAGAAGUUUUAUGGCUGACAAAGGAUUUGCUGCAGCGCAGGCGACCUUUCCCACCUUAAGCUUCUGGGGAUCUGGGAAUUUCACUCCCGUCCUCUUCCGGUGUUGUCUCUCAGUGGCAUCUGUGUGCGAUCAGGGCACAGGCGGAGGAGGCGUUUUCUUUUGUUGUUUUGAGGGCGAGAGGCGGUGGGCGGGGGCUUGCAUUGGCGUGGGGCUCCCACACAGGCAUGUUUUCUGGGCCCAGCCCAGUGGCUCUUUCCACCCUCCUGUGGGUUUGGCUUUUGCCGGGUUUUGUGUGGGUACGGAGGGGGGCCGCGGAACGCAGCAUGAGGUGUACUGGAACAAAAUUCGUGUUUCAACAGCGGACAGGUGGAGUGACCAGCAGCCAGUCUUUCCCCUUCCCUUUUUGUUCUGCUAGGAGAACCCCAGAACGUCCCUUCCUUCAGCAAACCCUGGUAAUAAUAACUACCCGGCUGGUUUGCAAACAUUUGUUUCACUUUUUAAAAAUGGGCCCCUGGUUGCAUUUAUUGAGACAGGCACUAAGGGCCACACGCUGAUGUCGUCCCUGAGCCCGUGACCUCGGGUUUGCCUUUUUUGAAACUGCCUCGUGUAAGGUUUAGUCCCUUGGUCACUGGACCCGGGGAGGUGGUUUGAUGGAACCCAGUUCUGCCCAGCGGUUACUGCUUCGCUGUAACGUAUGCUGUGGUUGCGUUUUGACCUUUCUUUCUGGUGGUAAUUGUGUGUGCGGAGGGGGACGGGCUGCGUGCGCAUUUCUGAAGCGUUAUCCUGUGAUUCUCAUUCCUCCACCUCUGGGUGUUCAUCUUCAUGGCUGAGCAGCGUCACCUGCCCUGGGGAGGAAACCCAGAGCUAAAAGUGAAGUUCCAGGCCUGAAUCAGACUUGGGAAGUGCCUGCCAGGCCAGGCGAGAACCUCGGAGGGGGUCUGCCGGGGACAAGUCAGAGCUUUGCAAACUAACCCUGGAAAUCUGCCACGUGCAGAUCUUCCUGAUUGUCCGCCUCCCCUGCCUAUUUUCGUGAAAAUGCCUGGAUUUGAUUAAGGAUUUUUAAAAAUUUUCUUUUCUGACUUUUUCUCCCCUUUAGCUGUGUACCUAACAUCAUCCCUUUUGACUUCUCCGGGCUCAAGGGCAGAGUGAGUUAGUCUGUAGACAAAGGUGAGGGACAGGGGGAGACUUGAAAUCUGGACAUUUUUCCAUUGGAGAAAGCCACGAGGUGUGGUUUCUGGGUACCAUCCAACAUCAGCAGGUCUAGCCUUCCCAGCAUUGACUACGGAUCUGCAGGAUGAAAAUGGAUAGCUGGGAGUAUGGCCACCCUGCUCCACGAUGCGGUAAUGAAUCCAGCAGAAGUCGUCAAGCAGCGCAUGCAGAUGUACGACUCGCCGCACCGCUCGGCCCUCAGCUGCGUCUGGACAGUGUGGAGGACCGAGGGCUUGGGGGCUUUCUACCGGAGCUACACCACACAGCUGACCAUGAACAUUCCCUUCCAGUCCAUCCACUUCAUCACCUAUGAGUUCCUGCAGGAGCAAGUCAACCCCCACCGGGCCUACAACCCGCAGUCCCACAUCAUCUCAGGCGGGCUGGCCGGAGCCCUCGCCGCAGCCGCCACCACCCCCCUGGACGUCUGUAAGACCCUCCUCAACACUCAGGAGAACAUGGCCCUCAACCUGGCCAACAUCAGCGGCCGGCUGUCGGGCAUGGCCAAUGCCUUCCGGAUGGUGUACCAGCUCAACGGGCUGCCCGGCUACUUCAAAGGCAUCCAGGCGCGUGUCAUCUACCAGAUGCCCUCCACUGCCAUUUCCUGGUCCGUCUAUGAGUUUUUCAAGUACUUCCUCACCAAGCACAAGCUGGAGAAUCGAACUCCCUACUAAAGGAAUGGGUUGUGGGCAGUGAUUCCAGAAUCUUUUCUUUUGAAAAGGCUUUCCCUGCCUGCUUCCGUUCCCUUGUCCUCACAGAGAGGUGAUUUUGGCAGGGUGUUUUUACGGUGGGCCCUCUGCUCCCUGAUGCCUUAGAGGGGACAGUGGGACAGCAGCUUGCCAGAAGGCCGUCCGCAGGGACAUCCGAGGUGGUAGGUGGGGAAAGACCGGAAGGGAGGUGAGAAAGGGCUUUUUCUCUCCCUUCCUCUGAUAAGAAUGUAGUGUCUCUGCCUCACUGUAGCAGUCUCCUGCCCCAGGCUCGCGCAGUUCACACGAGAGGGGAGAAAAUGUGCAGUGACUGAAAACAUUAAAGAAAAACAAAGAGAGAGUUCUGUAUAUAAAAGUUCCAGCACACAGUAUAAAACAGAUGGAUAAUGUUUAUCCUUUAUUUUUCUAUGUAGAAGUUUUUGGGUUUGUGCGUGUGCCUGUGCGUGUGUACUGAGAGCGUCUUACAGCUGGGACUGUAAAGCUGUUUUUAAAAAAAAUAGCAGGCUCACUUCUCCCAACAGGUUAAGUUAAAAAGGCACCCAAGUGGCAAACUGCUGAAUGCGGCCUGAAAUUGUGUUGAGCGCCCCAGAUGGAAGUUUCACUUGAAUGUAAAAUAAUAAAGUUUAUAUUUUGAAUUUC